CCCACCCACACCCCCCUGGGUCACUGCUCAGACCGAGACCACACCACCAGCCAUGUCUCCCUACAACUGACAUCUCCCACCUGUGGUCCACGCCCCCUCACUCACCCCCAGGACGUUCCAACAGAGAAGGCAAGUUCUGACGAAUGGAACAGAUAAUUCCUAAAAUCAAAUAUCGCUGGAGAAGAUUUAAGAUCUUCUGUGAGCAACUCCCGCGGCCCUUCAGGCGUAAAUAUCACCCCAAGAAGAGCGCACCACGGAACCACGCACCCGUCUCCUCCCUCUACCUCUUGGACUAUGAUCGUAGGAUUGCCGAGCUGGGCCUGGAACACGAGCCGCUCGCCUUCCAGAUCUUGGGUCAACAGUUGAUCUUCAAGAAGGGGAGAUGGGGCCUCGCCUCGUGCCAGGGCAAUAUCCGGUCCAGCCCGCACGAGCAUCUGAGGAACGUCCGUGAGAAGUACAAGGUUCUGCAAGACCAGAACAACAUGCUGCAACUCAAAUUGGAUCUGGCCAUGGACAUGUUGACCGAGACGACGGCCAACCUCAUGAUGCUGGAUGACACGGAGCUGAAUGAGGGGGAGCAGGCGGACGAAGAGAAGAAGGAAGAGGAAGCACCAAAGGUGGAGAUAAAGGACGACGAGGAGGAGUUAGUGGAGGUAGAGAAGAUCAAGGCAAUUUCAAAGAAGAUUCCAAAGCAAUCAUUCCAAUAUUUGUUAGACUUGGACCGCUAUGACCCAGAGGAAGAUGAGUUGUUGACUCCCGCCCAACGCAAACUCAAGUAUCUGCUGCCGUUGAUUUCAGAUGAUGACAAUGAUCUUCCCGCAGAGCCCGGCCCAAUGGUGGUCAACAGGAAGCGUCCGGACAGCACCAAGCCCAAGGUCUGUCAGAUGAGGCGGGCGGGGCAGGCCCGGGCCAGGAUGAGGGCGAGUCUCUACAACCUGUCGCCGCCGCCCAAGGCCAAGGCUUCCCCCCAGGUCUGCAAACUCGACAUGGAGCCUGUGCCGAGGCCCAGGAAGACCAAGAAACGCCGGAAGAAGCCCAAGCCCAAAAUGGUGGAUUUGGGUGGGACGUGUAAAAUGAAAUGAUGAUCUCAGACCUGAGCCUCCUCCUGGAGAAACCCGACGUUAAGAUUUGUCCUUUAACAGUUUGAUGACAUGCUGGUGAGGCAAUAAAAACCUAAAGCCACAUCGGGGAGACCAAGCGUAGACCUGUCCAAGCGUAGCGUUCUGCCAAAUACUUUAGUGCGGCACAGUGCGUAGGGCCACUGCCUCCCAGCGCCACAGACCCAGGUUCAAUUCCGACCUCGGGUGCUAUCUGUGUGAGGAGUUUGCACGUUCUCCCUGUAAGCGCAUGGGCUUCCUCCGAGUGCUCUGGUUGCCUCCCACAUCCCAAAAACAUACUGGUGUGUGGGUUAAUUGACCCUCUAUAAAUUGCCCUUAGUGUGUUGAGAGUGGAUGAGGAAGUGAGAUAACAUGGAACUAGUGUGAAUGGGCGAUCGCUGGUUGGCAUGGACUCGGUGGGCCGAAGAACCUGUUUCCAUGCUACCUCUAAACUAAAGUAAACUAAACUCAGCCGCCAAGGCUUGCUGGAUCUCCCAGUUGCUAACGGUUUGAACUCCCCUCCCAUGGUUCCUUCCUGGAGCCUGGGGCUUACCUGGAUAGGGAGCCGCUCCAGUAGACUGAGCACGUGGGUGGAUCGGACUUUGGAAAUGGCACAAAAACAUGGCGGCGCCCGCAUGUGUAAAUAUGUGAAAAGAAUUUGACUGUGCAGCUGCACAUGUGGCAAAUAAAACACCUUUGCACCAUUGAACCUCUGAACCAUUCCCACACUGACCUUUCCUUCCCGAGCCUCCUCCAUUGCCAGAGUGAAGCCACAUGCAAACUGGAAGAAAGGCACCUCAUGUUCUGCUUGAGCAGCUUAAGACCCUGCAGUAUAACUGUUGAAGUCUCCAAU